GCUGUACAAAACUGAUACACACACACGUACGCACACAGACGUGGGUAUAUGCCACCACCCGCUGGCCACUAAAGUGGAAAUUACUAAUACUACAACUGGCACGAUGCUCCAUAUUGCCACUGGAACUAUGUAAAAGUUGCAACUGGGGUUUUUUGUUAUUUUUUUUAAUAUUCAAGUAGCCGACUUAUGCAGAAGAAAGAUAAUUUUUUCUGAGCUUAUAGUUACAAUUUAGUGUUCUACUUUUGUGUUUAAAUAAAUAUAUAAUACUGAAAGUGACGUAUAAACGAAGAUUGCGAACACGCACCCGCAUAAACAUCGAGGAUUGCCAGAUCGUCGGUUACGAGUUUUUCGCCCGCUAUCUGGCAACGCCCGCCUCCCUCGAUUUUCGCUUUGCACGCGCAUUCGUGAAAAUGGCGGCGUUCUGGCACCGUCGCUGCCAAAUUUUUUGUACAUCAAAAUAAUCAAAAUAAAGCAUUCUUCCAGUGCUCAACAAUCAGUCCGUGCGAGCGCGCGCGUGUGUGUGUGUGCGCAGGAAAAACCGCCGAUCGAAAAAGUGGAAAAAGAAAAGCCUUUAAAGGCAAACAAAAGGCAGCGAAUUAGCAAGAUAACACACAACACACGCGACGACGACGACGGAUGCGCCAGGAGAAAGGCGAGAGUGAGAGUGCGAGUGAGCCAGCGCAGCACUAAAUCAGCGGAGCACCCGCUUUUUUGGCCAAGGUGAAUGCGCGAGAUUACCUGUGUUCCCCGCGUCCAGGUGUUCGGCUGCAUCUGGUUUAUGGUCACCAGGUAGACGGGAGACAGUUCGCUUCUGGAGCGCACAGCAUGCAACAGUCUGAGUUACGUGUGAAUCGCCAGCACAGGAUGUGUGACACUAGUUGAUCGGAACAGGAUCACACACAGAAGUCAAGAACACACACAGUCGCCAAACAUAAACACCACACAGCACGAUGAACACCAGCCAGACAGCAGCCGGCAAUCGCAUCACCUUCACCAGCCAGCCGCUGCCCAAUGGCACCAUCAACAUAGCCGGCAAUCCUGGAGCCGUCAUAUCCACGGCACAGCUGCCCAACACCACCACCAUCAAGACCAUACAGGCGGGGAUCGGUGGUCAGCAUCAGGGUCUGCAGCAGGUUCAUCAUGUCCAGCAGCAGCAGGCGCAGCAGCAGCAAUCCGUAGGUGCCACCCAAACACAAACCCUAGUUAUUAAAUCCAACCACCAUGCUGUCACCCUGCCGGCGGGUCUAGUCUCAAGUGCACCAGCAGGAAUCGUAACCAUGACCAAGACCAUCAAUCAGGCUGGUCAACCGCUGCUGAACUCGAUGCUGCCAGCGGGCGUGGUGGUGGGCAUGCGCCACCAGGCGCCUUCACAGCAGCAGCAGAAGAAUGUGCCCACCAACCCGCUUAGUCGUGUGGUGAUCAACUCCCACAUGGGAGGCGUGAGACCCCAGAGUCCAUCGAUAACUUUAAGCACACUUAAUACGGGUCAGACCCCGGCAUUGCUGGUCAAGACGGAUAACGGAUUCCAGCUGUUGCGCGUGGGCACGACGACGGGUCCGCCGACGGUGACACAGACUAUAACCAACACCAGCAAUAACAGCAACACAACAAGCACCACAAACCAUCCUACAACCACACAGAUCCGUCUGCAAACUGUGCCGGCUGCAGCUGUAAGUAGAUACCAACAACAACAACAUCAGCAGCAACAGCAACAACAGCAGCAAUCGCAACAGCAGCAACAAACAACCAGCACUACCGCCAGCACUAGCAUUGCACUGCGCAAAACGAUUGUCCGUACUUCAUCCACAGUCCCAUCCAGCAAUAAUAAUAAUAAUAGUAUUAUCAAUGCCACCACCACCACCAACACCACCACCACUACCAACAACAACAACAAACCCGCUACUAACCAGCAACAGCAGCAGCAACAGAAGCUCCAACAGCAGCAACAUCUCAAGGCCCAACAGCAACAUAAACAGCAACAGGCAUCCGCUGCGGCUGCCGCUGCAGCAGCUGCCGCCAAUGUGGCAGCCACCAUAAAGAUCAAGCAAAACUCUAUGACCAACACGACCGCCACCAGCAACAUUAUUGUCAAUUCGGUGGCCAGCAGUGGCUAUGCGAACUCAUCGCAGCCGCCGCACCUGACGCAACUUAAUUCGCAGGCGCCGCACCUGCCGCAGAUAACCCAAAUCCAAACGAUACCGGCCCAGCAGUCCCAGCAGCAAGUGAACAACGUGAGCUCCGCGGGUGGAGUGGCGUCGGCGGUGAGCAGCACGACGGCAGCAACGACGACGCAGCAGGGCAAUACCAAAGAAAAGUGUCGCAAGUUUCUAGCCAAUUUAAUCGAAUUGUCGACACGGGAACCGAAGCCGGUGGAGAAGAAUGUGCGCACCCUCAUCCAGGAGCUGGUCAAUGCGAAUGUGGAGCCGGAGGAGUUUUGUGACCGCCUGGAGCGCUUGCUCAACGCCAGCCCGCAGCCGUGCCUGAUUGGAUUCCUCAAGAAGAGUUUGCCUCUGCUCCGGCAAGCGCUCUACACCAAGGAGCUGGUAAUUGAAGGCAUCAAACCGCCACCGCAGCAUGUGCUCGGCCUGGCCGGACUUUCUCAACAGCUGCCUAAAAUACAAGCGCAAAUCCGUCCCAUCGGUCCCAGCCAGACAACGACCAUUGGACAGACGCAAGUGCGCAUGAUAACACCGAAUGCCUUGGGCACGCCGCGACCCACCAUUGGCCACACGACGAUAUCCAAGCAGCCGCCCAACAUCCGGCUACCUACGGCACCGCGUCUUAUUAACACGGGUGGAAUUCGCACCCAGAUUCCGUCGUUACAGGUGCCUGGACAGGCGAAUAUUGUGCAAAUUCGUGGACCGCAGCAUGCGCACAUACCGCGCACGGGAUCGGUCCAGAUCCGGGCCACCACCCGGCCGCCAAACAGUGCGCCCACCGCGAACAAACUCACUGCCGUCAAGGUGGGCCAGACGCAGAUCAAAGCGAUUACGCCCAGCCUGCACCCGCCUUCACUGGCCGCCAUCUCUGGCGGACCACCGCCGACGCCCACGCUGUCCGUUUUGUCCACUCUAAACUCCGCCUCGACCACAUCGCUGCCGAUACCGUCGUUGCCCACGGUCCACCUUCCGCCUGAAGCACUGCGAGCUCGUGAGCAGAUGCAAAACUCACUGAACCACAACAACAAUCACUUUGAAGCGAAGCUGGUAGAGAUCAAGGCGCAGUCUCUGCAUCCACCCCAUAUGGAGCGGAUCAACGCGUCGCUCACGCCGAUUGGAGCCAAGACGAUGCCGAGGCCACCGCCGGCGAUCAGCAAGACGCUGGGCAAAAAGAAACGCGACGCAAUGGAAAUGGACGGAAAGUUAAACAGCUCAAGCGGAGCGGUAGCCGCGGCGGCCAACUCGUUUUUCCAGCCGAGCUCCAUGUCCUCGUCGAUGUACGGCGACGAUGAUAUCAACGACGUGGCCGCCAUGGGCGGCGUUAAUCUGGCGGAGGAGUCGCAGCGAAUCCUGGGCUGCACGGAAAACAUCGGUACGCAGAUUCGUUCCUGCAAAGAUGAGGUGUUUCUCAAUCUGCCCGCCCUACAAGCCCGGAUACGGGCUAUUACGUCGGAAGCCGGCCUGGAUGAGCCGUCGCAGGAUGUGGCCGUUCUGAUAUCGCACGCAUGCCAGGAACGACUAAAGAACAUUGUGGAGAAGUUGGCUGUGAUAGCGGAGCACCGCAUUGAUGUUAUCAAGUUGGAUCCACGCUACGAGCCGGCCAAGGAUGUUCGCGGUCAGAUCAAGUUCCUGGAGGAGCUGGACAAAGCCGAGCAAAAGCGACACGAGGAGUUGGAGAGGGAGAUGCUGCUGCGGGCGGCGAAGUCACGUUCGCGGGUAGAGGAUCCGGAGCAGGCCAAGAUGAAGGCGAGGGCCAAGGAGAUGCAGCGCGCCGAGAUGGAGGAGCUGCGUCAGCGAGAUGCCAAUCUGACGGCGUUACAGGCGAUUGGUCCUCGGAAAAAGCUGAAGCUGGACGGCGAGGCAGUCAGUUCGGGAGUGGGUUCCAGUGGUGGUGGAGCUAUGAGCAGUUCGGGAUCUGCGCCAACCACGUUACGGCCGCGCAUCAAGCGCGUCAACCUGCGCGACAUGCUAUUCUACAUGGAGCAGGAGCGCGAGUUCUGUCGCAGCUCCGUGCUGUUCAAGACAUACCUCAAGUGAUCGCUGCUGUUGCCCAUCAUUCGCACCGUCUUCUCCUCGCUGAUCCUCCUACUCCGUGGACUGUCGUUGUCGUUGUGUUUCCAGCUUUACGAUUUCAUCCAUUUGCAAUAUAAUUUAGCCUCAAAUUUAACUGCGUCGCGUCUCCCCUGUUGUUGUUUCUUUUUAGUUAGGCGCUCCUAUUUAAUUUCUAUAUUUACGUUUACAUACUUAAAUCCUAAAUUCUAAUCGUACUUGAUUUUAAGCAUAAUUUAAACCUCGUUUAUUUUUUCCAAUAAAUUGUCUGUAAAACUUAAACCAAACCAAUCCAAAAACAAAACAAAACAAAACCAGAGUAACGUGAAGUAAACGAAGAAAAUAAAAUAAUAGAGAGGAAUAUAAAAGAAAGAGAACGCGCAGUCAGCGGGCGUUUGAUUUGUAAUUUGUAACAUAAUGUUUGCAUCAACUGCAUUGACGGCCUUAUCUAAACGAUAUAAACAUAAUUAUUAAUAUUUAAUUAUUUAGCUUAGUUUGUUAAACGAAAACGAAGCAUAAUUCCUAGAUAUUAAGUGAAAAGAAAGUGCGCGCGAGCAAAAACAAGAGAAAUCGAAACCGAAUUGCAGAUAAAUGGUUUUUAAAACCAAAAGAUCUAAACAAGUUCAGCAACAGCUAAAACAAAACAAAACACAUCAAAAAAAGAAGCGACAAAAUAUCCAUUUAAAACAUACAUUGAAUUAGUUCUAGUUGUUUAAACAAAACAAUGUAA